GUUGAAGACAGUUGACUGUCGUGCGUUGAGGCAAUCGCUGCUCUUAGCAAUCGGUGCUUUCGUAUUUGGUGGUGACGCACAAUAUCCUGUGGCUAAUAGUGAGUGAAUGACUUCAGGAUUAACUUUGCUUCUUCUCUUGGCCUUCUAUCUAUAAUUUAUUCAACAUUUUAUUAUAGUGAGUGAAUCAGUGUAAUAAUUGCAACAACAACAAAAAUAAUCAUUGGCCAUUGUCUGCAUGUUAGUGUUGAAAGUGGAAAUGCAAUUUUAUUGAUGUCCUUCAUGUCGUGAAUCGUGAGUCGUGAAUCACAAAAAAUAAAAAAAUAAAAUAAUAAAAAAGUGGAAUUCUUGAGUGUAAGAGUCGUGCAGUUGCAGUAUUAUGAACGUCGCGUCCUGCAAUAAAGGAAUUUAAUAUUUAUAAAUGCACCAGACUGCCUGGCGGCCUCGGUCUUCAUUAUCAUAGGUUCUAGAGUCCUGGUGGUCUGUCUCUGUUGAGUGCGGUUCUCGUUCGGGCUUUUUUUCUUACCUGCUACGAAUAUUUAGCUCUAGUGUUUUGAAAAGUCGCUCCGGCGGCGUGGCGGAAACGCCAGUGACGUUUUCACCUGUUAAUGCAGACACAUUUAGCAUUUGCAUAUAAAUAUCCUUGUACUCUUACGUACCUACGUGUCGCUCGUCGUAGUCCUCGUAUGUGGCCGUAGUUAACCUGACAAAGAGUACCUCGUUUGCGAUGCAGAAGCACUGUUGAGAUUGUGACCAAUUUCUUGAAAAAGUUCCAACCAACAUAUUUUCUUUUUGAUAUCAAAAAGGACGUAUCCGAUUACAUAAUCCAACUUUAACCACUUAUCAAAUGGAUGAAAACAUAUCUUUCGGGGCUGUUGGAACGAAUUACGAAGGAUUCAAUUUUGAUAAUAAUAAUUCGAAAACGAUUUAGGUUAAAGAAGAAAACACAAUUCGAAUUGAGGAAUGAUGUAGCUGUUGGCUUAAGGUUGUUUUUCCUUUUAGCAAGAGAGGGAAAGAGAGAAAGUUAGUAUAGAGUGAGACACAGAUUGCAGAGUUUAUUAAUUCGAGAACGAAGAAGACGAUAUUAAUAUUUGGCAACUUGCUGCUAAGUCAUGGAUCAUCGAUAUGCUGAUAUAAGCGGCAUUGAAAGCUCCGAGGGAUAUAUUAACUCGACAUUGGAUGCCAACAAUAGAACAAAUCCGAUAUUUUCAAUAAAACCAGAUUUUAUAACGCAAUGGAGACUACAAAAAGAACGCGAAAACAUUUGCAAAUCCCUUUACCAGCGCAUAGUUAAGCACUCCGAAUGUCAAAACUAUCUGGCACUCUAUCGUUCGCUGUUCGAAAAUGCCAAUGACAUUCCAGGCUGGAGCACCUCCGACGACGACAAUACCCUCUAUGACAAUAAAUCAACAAAUGUUACUACGGUGACAGGAAAAAAUAAUUCAUCGGAUGACGAUGGACCUGCAUUAGUACUGCCACCUUUUGAUUUGUGGCAAACGAUAGUGAUUGCCGUGUGCCUGGCGAUUUGCAUUAUCCUCACGGUGGGCGGAAAUAUUUUGGUGCUCCUGGCAUUUAUAGUUGACCGCAGUAUACGACAGCCGAGCAACUAUUUUAUCGCCUCUUUGGCAGCAACGGAUAUGCUUAUUGGUACGGUGUCUAUGCCGUUUUACACAGUUUACGUUCUGAUGGGAUACUGGGACCUGGGGCCGCUUCUUUGUGACCUGUGGCUGUCCGUUGACUAUACUGUUUGUUUGGUAUCACAAUACACAGUUCUUUUGAUUACAAUUGAUCGGUUUUGCUCGGUGAAGAUUGCAGCGAAGUACCGCAGCUGGCGAACUAAGAACCGUGUCAUUUUCAUGGUCACAAUAACGUGGAUUAUUCCAGCGUUGUUGUUCUUCAUUUCGAUUUUUGGCUGGGAACACUUCACGGGCAAACGCGACCUUCUGCCUGGUCAGUGUGCUGUGCAAUUUCUCAAAGAUCCCGUCUUCAAUACUGCCCUCAUUAUUGGCUACUACUGGACAACUCUGGUCGUGCUUUUUAUCUUGUAUGGUGGUAUUUAUAAAACUGCCUACGAAAUGCAGAAGCGCAGUGAGGCGAAGCAACGAAAGAUGCAGUCGAUGGUGGCUUUGAGUGCAGGCGCUAUGACUGGCAUGGCUGGCCGCGCCGCAGGCAUUGGUAUCACUGAUGGAUGCGCCGGGCAAAAGGCAGGCAAAUCAGUUGCCGCCGAUAGUUCAAUUAUACCCGCAUCCAAUCAGACGUCAUCGACUUCCUCUGACCAGAAGGAAGUUCCACCAGCUGCUCGGAAGGAAUCGGCUUCAGGGGAGAGGCAACAUUCAACCGACGUAGGAGUGAAAACUGAAGAUAAGACAAGACGUGACGUUACCGAGGCUGAAAAAAGUGAACGCUCUAGUAGUCCUGCUUUCGAUUCGGAUGACGAAAGUUCCGUUAACCAGAUUCAAGCCACCAAUCAACAGCAGCAGCAACAACAAUUAGCCAUGCUGCGGAAGCGCUCGUCAAUCGGUCUUGUUUUUGGAGCGCAAGCGGCUCUCAUUGCCACCCGCAGUAAAGGUAAUGUUAUUUCCAAUCCCCUGCCUGAGGAAAUCCGCUUGAAAUCGGAUGCAGAAAUUCUGUCCUACAUCCCAGAGAAUCUACAAAGUGAUGACAAUAAAGGCUCUCCACUUUCCCCAGUCGACAUUGAUCCGAUUGAAGUGCCCAAAGAACACGUAAUUCCAUGCCUCGUCCAAGCUAUCCUUCCUCCACCCGAAGGCUUCCAAUGCAACUCACCUCUAUCCGAAGGAUCUGAUAAACAACUGGGAAGUGCUACAAGCGACCUAACAGCCACUUACUACGAUGCCAUGAAGAGCAUGGACGGUGCUGACCUGCGCUACAUGGAUGAAAGCUCCAUAAUUCUCCCCUCGCCGAACCAAGAAAGUCUCUCGACAUCCUACAGCUUCCCCCCACUUAAGUUAGCACCCGUUAAUGCAGCUGCCCAAGCCAAUCAAAAUGUCACCAAUCCAACGCUCCUGCAAAAGGCUCUCAUCCGAGCAGCUGCCCAAAGCCAACAUGCACCCCAUCACCAGAACCAGAACCCCAAACCCAACUCCCAAAUAGAAUCUGAAACUAAUAAAAAUAACGAUUUAUCUCAUCCAGGAACAAGCAAGGACAUGAGUGUUAAGAUCUUGGAAAAUGUCCAAGAGGUGACGACGACCGUUACAACAACACUGGACUCUAAAGCGACUGCAACGAAGCCCCAGCCAGUUGUAACCUCCACCAACAAAAUAGACUGCAACACCGACAAGGAACCCUCGAAGGCUGCACCCAGCACGAGUUCCGGUUCCACCUCCAUCGGAGGCAAGCCCACGCAAACUGACGAAGCGUCACCCGCCACCGGCAUUCAAUCCAACCGAACUUCGAGCAAGCGGGACUUCAUCCGCUCCAUCGGCCAACACCUAAAGGGCAGAAAGAAAAUCCCACUCAGCAUACGGAGACAAAAAUCCAAAUCCGAGAAUCGAGCACGCAAGGCCUUCCGCACAAUCUCAUUCAUACUCGGGGCAUUUGUAGCUUGCUGGACACCAUAUCACGUGCUGGCCCUGGUUGAGGGCUUUUGCUCCAACCCACCUUGCACCAACGAGCACCUCUACAUGUUCUCUUACUUUUUAUGCUACGCAAACAGCCCCAUGAAUCCCUUUUGCUAUGCCCUUGCAAAUCAACAGUUCAAGAAAACCUUCACUCGCAUCCUCAAGGGCGACCUUCACAUGACGUAAACGACAAACAAAUAUACAAACAUUUUUAACAUAUCUACAUAAACAUUUAAAACAAACAAAUUACAAAAAAUCGUUACAUCUAUAAUUUUUUGGAAUAUAAUAAUCAAGUCAAUUGUCAAUUUGAAAAAUUAAAAAAAAACUAACAAAAUUAUUAAGUAAAAUUAUAUAUACAUGCAAUUAUUAUUAAAAACAAAAAAAAACAACAACAAAAUAUCAAAAAUAUAUUUUUA